AUGGAAUCGAGCCGAAACACGGCUGGCGUAGUGCGUGAGCGUUUGGAUUUCUCGACGAUACUGCGCUGCGUUGCCACAAAUUUCGCAGUGUUUUCGGCGAGAGCGAGGCGCAGAGGCUCAGGGUCUUUCUGGCUUUCGCCACACACGCACAUAGACCGCGCUGCUGAGCCUGAGCGAGAUGUCGAGUUUGGCGCCUGUCUAUCAGCGCUGCCACUGCUGCUGCUCCCCAUUGUGACUCACGCCUAUCCCCGCCACACUGCCUACGGCCGUCUUGCUCCUCCUCAUCCCGUUGCUGCAGCUCAUCCUCGAACUCAGUCUCUUGGACAGCUUUUCACCCCUCCCUUUUGUCGUCGUCGUCAUCAUCUCCAUCAUCGCCUCGACAGUCCCACUUUGGCUCGAUACAGACGACAACUCAGCCAUCGACUCAGCGCGCGACAAACCAUCCACACUCGUGCUCAGCUUCCGUGCUCAUCGGUUCGCAUCAUCCGAUCUCGCAGCUUGCCUGACUUUGCCACACAGCUCAGCUCAGUCUUGUCUCAUCCUCGCUCAACUCGCACAGCCUCGAACCAAAGCUGCGACUCCUGCUGCGGUCGAUCUCCCAUCUUGACAGGGCGCUCUAGACCCCGUCGGAAGUCGGAUCCUUGUCUUCUUCAGCAAUCCACCUGGCUCCUGUGA